GAGGCGAUCGCGGCGACCACAGGGGUCGCAGCGACCGUAGCAGCAGGAGCCACCACCGCGGCCGUAGCGUACGCAGCAGCCAGAGUAUUGGCAGCCACGACGCUGGUAAUGUCAGUGGUGGCAGCAACCUUGAGGACGACACACAAACCGCCCCUUCAACGGCACCCUCAUUCGACGCACUAUCAUUCGAACUACAUGCUUCUGGCCCGUGCGUCUCCAGGCUCGCGAUUACAGCCGCCCGCGCCAGAUGCUUUUUGGUGUUUUCCCUUCGCCCCGCUUCUGCUCCCGCUUCAAUUCUUGCCGCUGCCCGCUGCUCCCUCCUCUCUUCUCCUUCCCUGCUCCCUCUUCCGCUCUUCCCCUCGUCCUAAGCGAUCGCCAUCCCGUUGUUCUCUGCGAGCCUGGGCAUUCAGUCUCCAGCGCUUUGGUAUGUCAUGGUUUCCUGUUGGUUUUGCACUUUCACCUCCCGUAGGAAUACCUUUCGUCCUCCCAGUGCCUUCCCACGAGCGCCACGCCUUCUCCAUCUCGCCUGACCACGGAAAGGCGUCGCUGCUCUUCCUCGUCGUCGUUGCCGUGAUGCUGGUUGAUAUUGCCUUUGCGGUGGACUCCGUGGCGUCCAAGAUCGCGUCGGUCAACGACGUGUUCCUGAAUUGCUCAUCGUCUGCGUUCGCAAUGCUGAGCCUCAGGUCUUUGUAUUUUGUUGUGGAGUCGCUGACCCGCACGUUUCAGAUGCUGAAGUACGGCGUCGCUGCCAUUCUCAUCCUGAUAGGGCUGAAGCUGAUCUUCGCCGGGGUGAUUCCAGUAUCCAACGAGGCCUGCUUCGCGGCGGUGCUGGGCAUACUGGUGGCCAGCGUCGCGUCCUCGUAUUGGGUGCCCCAGUUCCGAGGGAGCUGCGACCGCAUCAACCUCGGUGCGAUAGCGCCCAUCACUGAGGCGGACGACGAGGACGAGGACCAGGAGCUCUUCGACCGGAAGCCGGAGGAGGCAGACGUUGACUCGCCCGGAGCGGGCGACGACGGCGAGCGCGUCAUGGCUGGCAGGCCGCAGAGCUUCGGCGGCCACGGGGCGCUCUAGGUUGUGCGCGGCGAGUGUCUGUUCGUGGUCUCCGCCCCGAACGUGCUCGCGGUGCCUGUUCGUGCCCAGCGCCCGAGAGGCCUGGUGCGGUGGGCUGCCAGGUGCGCCGCGGCACGAGUGUCGUGUGACCCUGGCCACCGCUCGUGUAGGCUGCGGCUUGGGUGAGGUCCGGAGCGAGAGGAGGUGGUGUUCCGGCGAAAAGGCGCAGGCCGCGGGACCUUGUCGUUCACUUCCUUCCCCCACCCCCCGCGCUUGGUGUGGAAGCCGCAGGGCGAUACCACUCGCGUUGCCCGAGUCAGGCGCUCGCUCGAGCAGGCCUGAGUAGAUCUCGGUCGCAAGUGGGGGCGCGACGAUCACCGCGCGUCGCGCCUCGCGCGUCGAGAGGCGCGAAGUUAGGCGGCCC